GUACAAUACAAUACAAGAUGCAUUAUGUAAGCAAGCACCUUUCAUCAUCAUCUCUAUUGGGAAUAUAUUCCUGAUCUUGGCAUUCUUUGAGUACAUCUUUCGAAGUUUCGAUUGCGUCCAUUCAAAGAAGGAGUAAAAUACCCCUCAUCAACAAUGAGAUGAUAUCGAAUUGGAUGUAAAGCUCAACUAAUCAACAUUCAUUGCUUAAUGAGUCUACGUCAUAUUCAGUGACGUUAUUCCUGUUGAUGUAUAGUAGAGGUUUGUAGGUCGUCAUAGAGUAUCUGAGUAGGCGUGUGUAGGAUGUAGGUUGUUUAUAUUUGAAUGAUAGAUUUAAAAGAUCAGUUGGAGCUCUCUUCUUACUUCCUCUCUGCCAAUUUCUUCCAAUUUCCUGUUAGUUCACUCACAGAUUUUCAAUAUCAAUACAUAACUACCCCAGUGCAGAGUCAAGCAGAGCAACCAUGGAAAUUACAAGAGCAAGUGAUCACCAUCCUUCAUUUCAAUAAUCGAAACUUUUUUUAACAACUCACAGGUAGGAAUGAUAGGAGCCGGUUCCAUGGGAGGAGGGAUGUCUCUCCUCCUCGCCGAAAAUGGUAUCUCAGUCUCCAUCAACGAUCCUUCAACCUCUACAGUCGAUUCCCUCAUUCAAUCCGCCAAAGAUCAAAAUAUCACAUCGGGAACCCUGUCUAAACAUACCGAAUACAAAUCUCUCAUCGAUUCUCUCUCUUCUCCAAGAGUCAUCUUCUUUUCCUUGCCACAUGGAAAUGUAGGUGAUACUGUUGUUGAAGGGCUCCAUCCGUUUCUCGAGAAAGGUGAUAUAAUAAUUGAUUGCUCGAAUGAGAAUUGGCUUAAUACACAAAGGAGACAGGGGAAAUUGAUAGCACAGGGUGUGUAUUACAUAGGAUGUGGUGUAUCUGGAGGUUAUCAAGCUGCACGAAGAGGACCUAGUAUGUGUCCUGGAGGUCAAGAACAAGCAUUGGAUAUCGUCAUGCCGUUAUUAGAAAAAAUUGCUGCAAAAGCAAGUGAUGGAACACCAUGUGUAGCGAAGAUUGGAGAUGGUGGUGCGGGACAUUAUGUCAAGAUGAUUCAUAAUGGAAUUGAACAUGGAAUGAUGAGUGCCAUUAGUGAAGCUUGGACUUUUAUGAAUAAACAUUUGGGAAUGGAAUAUGAUGAGAUUGGUAAGGUAUUUGAGAAGUGGUCUGCUGAAGGAGAAUUGGUAUGUUUUUCACUUACUUCAAUGUCCUGUUGAAUGAAGAGAAUGAGUAGAUACUGAUCCUAAACGAAAUAGAAAAAUACCUUCCUUAUCCAAAUCGGUGCAGACAUCUGCGAACAAAAAGAUAAAUCGGGAAACCACGUUCUAGCAGAUGUAAAAGACAAGGUAGUACAAGACACCGACAAUACCGAAGGCACAGGAAUCUGGUCCAACACCCAAGCAACAUCACUUCACGUUCCGGCUCCCACCCUCUCCACAGCCCACUACCUCCGCAUCGUCUCCGCCUAUCGCGGACAUAGACAACACGUGCACGAAGCCUUCCACGAUUCCUUCAAAUCGUGCCGUAUCAGCAUCCAAGACGCAGAUGAAAAGGGAAAAAUCAUAGAAGAUCUCCGCCAAGCAGUCUACACCACCUGUCUCGCUUCCCACAUUCAAGGCAUGAACAUUAUCAGCAAAGCCAACCACCAAAACAAAUGGAACAUAAACUUUCCGAACAUCAUCCAAAUCUGGCGCGCAGGCUGCAUAAUCCAAAGUCCGCAAAUAUCCACCCUCCUUUCUCAAACCUAUCCUUCCACCCCCCACCCCAAAUCUCCCAACUCCAACUCCCAAACCCCAGACCCCUCUCCACCCCUCCUAAUCACCGCCCUAACAACUGGUUUCGCACCCCUGAAACACAUCGUCUCGCUCAGCGUCCACUACAACGCCAUCACGCCUAGUAUAUCCGCUACGCUAGAAUAUCUCAAAUAUAGCGGGAACAUGGAGUUACCGACGCAGUUUUACGAGGCGGAGUUGGAUUAUUUCGGGAAGCAUAUGUUUGAGAGUAAGAGGUUUGAUUCUGGUGGGGAGGAGAGGCCGGUGACGGGGGAGAGACAUUUUGAGUGGAAGGAGGCUUAGGCUUAGGAUUUGGGUUGGGAUUAGGGUUAGGAUGUGAAGGCAGGCAGGCAGGCAGGCAGGAUAAGGAUGGUGGAAAGGAAAGGGGAUAAACACACAAAGAAGUCACCUAGUAGUUAA